AUGAGCUCCAGCCACCCUGAGCUGGGUGCCCGGGCACCCCAGAGCCCCCGUGCACAGCCCCUGUCCCAGAGCUCUUCCAGUCUGCUGUGUGAGAGCCAGGAGCAGAGGCCAGAGCUCCGCAAGAGUGCCAGCAGCACUGUGUGGCAGGCCCAGCCGGGCGAGGCCAGCAUUAGUCUCCAGGCCCCGGAAGAAGUGGGGCACCAGACCAAGAGCACAGAACAGGCUCAGGCCUUUAGCCCUCAGCCACAGCCUGGUUCUGUGAGCCACUGGCGGAGCAGCACUGUGGGCAACAUGUCCACCUUGGGCAGUGGUGACCUUUGUCGCCUGCGGGCCCCCAAUGUGGCUGCCAUACAAAGGAGCCACUCAGACCUGGUCCGUAGCACCCAGACCCGGGGUCAUGGUGGUGCUCGGAAGACCAGCCUCAGCUGCUCUGCCCUUGGUAGCUCACCUGAACACAAGGCUCAGCUGCAGCCUGGUAGUAUUUCUGGCCAGGGUGACCAGGCCUGUGAAGGCCUGGAAAAGGACCUGGUUCCAGAGGCUGGAACUUCUAACUCAGCCUGCGUGCUGGGGGAGAGUCAAGUGUGGGUGCCACCCAUAGACCUGGGGGGUACAACUACUCACGGCAGCAGUCCCCAGGCUGGACCCAAAGCCACUGGGCAGUCAGCCAUCACCUCCUGCCAUGCUCUGUCCCCAGAAGCUCUGCUCUGCAGGAUGAGAGAGGCAGGGGCUGGUGGCUACUGCCACGCCCUGCCUGCCACAGGGAUCCUGGCCUUUCCCAAACUGGUGGCAUCUGUGAGCGAGUCUGGGCUGCAGACUCGUCGCGGGGCGAAGUUCCACUGUAAGUUGCCCGUGGGGCUCUCUGGACACUCGCACUGCUGUGCCCACCCUUGGGGGACCAUGGCAUUAGCCACAGGACCUGGCUCCAGGACCAGAGAUGUGUGCACCAUGACCUCAGCCAGUGACUUGGCUCCUGGCUUGGCGUCAGCCCAGGAUGCCAGUGUGCAGGUGGCUCCAGUGGCAACCUGCAAGGCUGUGGCCACCAGCCCAUCCUUGGAAGUACCUGUGGCCCUGCACAUGUUCCCAGAGGUAACCCUGGGGUCCAGCCUGGAAGAAGCAUCGUCUCCUGUGCGGGAUGUGCGGUGGGAUGCUGAGGGCAUGACAUGGGAGGUGUAUGGAGCCUCAGUGGACCCCGAAGUGCUUGGCGUGGCCAUCCAGAAGCACCUGGAGAUGCAGUUUGAGCAGCUGCAGCGGGCUCCGGCUAGUGAGGACAGCUUGUCUGUGGAGGGUCGCAGGGGCCCACUGCGGGCAGUCAUGCAGUCCCUCAGGCGACCCAGCUGCUGCGGCUGCUCUGGGGCAGCCCCAGAGUAA